GCUGAAUUGAGGAAGUGAUUGCAGCCAGGGGCUGGAUCUUUCCCCUCACCUGGCCCUCCAUGGCCAGGGCCGGAGUGCGGGGCUGGUGCAGGAGCCCAGCUUUGCUGUGAAGGCACUUCCUGUCGCCCAGGAACCAUCACCAAGGGCCCCGAGGGAGUGCUGGGCUGAGGUGUCCUGGAGGUGUGUCUGAGGCAGGGGCUGGGACUCACAUGGAUGAUAAACAGCAGUCGGGUGAGCACUGCUCCUGGCUGAGGACACCGGAGCUGUUUCCAGGCCUCGGCUCAGCUCACCACUGCAGGAAAUGUGGUGACAGGUGUGUCUCAGCUCCCAGGACUCAGCCACCACUGCCCAGGAAGCCAGGCCACCAGCCGGUACCAGUGGGAGCGCCUGUGUGUGCUUGAAAACACCUGUCUGCCUGUGGGUCCUUGCCUGUGUCUGUGUGUCUGUCCCCGCCUCCUGGCGCCCCGCCGAGGAGGGGAAGCUGAGCUGGCCCAGGCACACUCCGCGCCGCAGCCUCAGCUAGGAUGUGGCUCCUCCGCACUCUGCUCUGCGUGACCAGCCUGGUUCCUCUGGGGGCCUUCAACGUGGAUGAGAACUGGAUCCGGGUGACGCCGGAGGAACACGGGCCGUAUGUGCUCAGCUCCCUUUUGCACCAAGACCCCAGCAGCAACCAGACCUGGCUCCUGGUCACCAGCCCCAGAACCAACAGGACAGCGGGGCCCCUGCAUCAGUGUUCCCUCACCCGGGAUGAGCUCCUUUGCCAGCCUGUAGAGCAUGUCCCCAUCCCGAAGGGGAGGCACCGGGGCGUGACCGUUGCCCGGAACCACCACGGUGUUUUGAUCUGCAUUCAGGUGGUGGCCCGGCGGCCCCACAGCCUCAGCUCAGAACUCACAGGCACCUGCAGCCUGCUGGCCUCCAACCUCAGUCACCAGGCCCUGGUCCCUUUCAACGACAUUGAAAAUCUCCUGGUUCCUGAGGCACAUGCGGAUGCUGGAGACUGCUACAGGAACAAAAAAGGCAGCACUGAGAAUACAGCCAGGCAGCGCCGGGCUCUGAAGGCCAAAGAGGAGGAGGAGGAAGAGGAGGAGGAGGAAGAGGAGGAGGAGGAAGAGGAGGAGGAGGAGGAGGAAGAAGAGGAGGAGGAGGGAGCUGGCACCGAGAUCGCCAUCGUCCUGGAUGGCUCGGGAAGCAUUGAUCCCCCCGACUUCCAGAGAGCCAAAGACUUCAUCUCCAACAUGAUGAGGAAGAUCUAUGAGAAGUGCUUUGAGUGCAGCUUUGCCCUGGUGCAGUACGGAGGCGUGAUCCAGACUGAGUUUGACCUUCGGUACAGCCAGGAUGUGAUGGCCUCCCUCAGCAAAGUCCAGAACAUCACUCAAGUGAAGGAAGUCACCAAGACAGCCUCUGCCAUGCAGCAUGUCCUAGACAACAUCUUCUCACCAAGCCACGGCUCCAGAAAAGAGGCCUCCAAGGUCAUGGUGGUGCUCACCGAUGGGGAGAUAUUCAUGGACCCCCUCAACCUCACGACUGUCCUCAACUCCACAAAGAUGCAAGGUGUUGAGCGCUUUGCCAUUGGGGUGGGAGAGGCAUUUACGAAGCCUAAGACUGAGAAGGAGCUGAAGCUGAUCGCCUCGCACCCCCCGGAGACCCAUGCCUUCAAGGUGACCAACUACGCGGCGCUGGAUGGGCUGCUGAGCCAACUGCAGCAAAGUAUCGUUCCCAUGGAAGGCACGGUCGGAGAAGCCCUCCACUUCCAGCUGGCACAGGUCGGGUUCAGCGCCCAGAUCCUGAAUGAGGGGCAGCUGCUGCUCGGUGCUGUUGGGGCCUUUGAUUGGUCCGGGGGCGUGUUGCUCUAUGACAGGCACAGCUGCCGGGGCCGCUUCCUGAACCAGACGGUGGUGGACAGCAAGGCUGGGAAGCACAGCUACCUGGGUUACUCGCUGGCCGAGCUGCACAAGGCCAGUGGCUCCUCCUACGUGGCGGGGGCUCCCCGGCACAAGCAUCGAGGGGCCGUGUUUGAGUUCCCGAAGGAGGGCGGAGAGAACGACUUCGUGCCAGUGCUGGAGGGAGAGCAGAUGGGGUCCUACUUUGGCUCUGAGCUGUGUCCUGUGGACAUCGACAUGGAUGGAACCACGGACCUCUUGCUGGUGGCGGCUCCGUUUUACCACGUUCGCGGACAGGAAGGCAGAGUCUACGUGUACCGCCUGAACGAGCAGGGCGGUUCCUUCUCCUUGGCACGCACGCUGAGUGGGCAGCCUGGGUUCCCUGAUGCCCGAUUUGGCUUUGCCAUGGCAACAGUGGGGGACAUCAGUCAGGAUAAGCUCACGGACGUGGCCAUCGGCGCCCCCCUGGAGGGUUGGGGGGCAGGUGAUGGCGCCAGCUUUGGCAGUGUGUACAUUUACAACGGAUGCCCGGACGGCCUCUCUACCAGCCCCUCGCAGCACAUCAGAGCCGCAGCGGUCGCCCCCCGACUCUACUACUUCGGCAUGUCUGUGGACGGUGGCCUGGAUGUGACCGGCGAUGGCCUUGCUGACAUCACCGUGGGCACCCUUGGUCGGGCGGCUGUGCUCCGCUCAAGACCUGUGGUGCGCCUGGCGGUGUCCGUCUCCUUCACCCCGGAGGCGCUGCCCAUUGGCUUCAACAGCAGCGUGAACGUGAAUUUGUGUUUUGAAAUCAGCUCUGGGACCACAGCUGCCACGUCAGGCCUCAGAGGGACGUCUCUGAAUUUCACGUUGGACGUGGAUGUGUUGAAGGAGAGGAAGAGGCUGCAGUGCGCGGACCAGAGAACUUGUCAGAGCUGCCUUCGGGAGUGGGGCAGUGGGCCCCGUCUCUGUGAGUCCCGCCUGCUCAGCCCCACAGAGGGAGAGCUCUGUGAAGAGGACUGCUUCUCCAACAUUACUGUCAAGGUCAGCUACCACCUCCAGAACUCCAAGGACCAGAGGAGCCAUUCCCAGCCUGUCCUGGACAUCUACAGUGAGCCCUCCGCCAUCUUCCAGCUGCCCUACGAGAAGGCCUGCAAGAAUAAGCUGUUUUGUGUUGCUGAGUUACAGCUGGCCACCACCUCUCCGACGGAAUUGGUGGUGGGUGUCACAAAGGAGCUGACAAUGAACAUCAGCCUAACUAACUCUGGGGAAGAUUCCUACAUGACAAACAUGGCUUUGACUUACCCCAGAAACUUACAGUUUAAGAGGAUACAAAAGCCUCCUUCCCCAGAUAUUCAGUGUGAUGACCCUAAGCCAGCUGCUUCUGUCCUGGUCAUGAAGUGCAAGAUUGGUCACCCCAUAUUCAGGAGGGCAUCUGCAAACUUUUCAGUAGUUUGGCAGCUAGAGGAGAGUGCCUUCCCAAACAGGACAGCUGACAUCACUGUGACAAUCACAAAUGCCAAUGGAAGAAGCUCUUUGGUCAGAGAGACCCACAGACUUCACUUCAAGCAUGCCUUCAUUGCAGUUCUUCCCAAACCAGCAGUGAUGUACAUGAACACAAGCCAGGGGCUUUCUGACCACAAAGAAUUCUCCUUCAAUAUCCAUGGAGAAAACUUCUUUGGAGCCGAAUUCCAGCUGCAAAUCUGUGUUCCAAUUAAAAUACAAGGGCUCCGGCUUAUAAGAGUGAAGAACCUGACAAAGACACAGGCGCACACCGUGUGCACCCAGCGUCCGGAGCGCGCUUGUGGGAGCGAGGCGCUUCAGCCCGUGGAGGAGUGGCAUUCGGUGCGCUGUGCCAUCGCUUCCGACAGAGAAAACGUGACGGUGGCAGCGGAGCUCGCCGCGAGUCAGUCUGAGCAGUUCCUAAGAGAUGUAACUGAACUGCAGAUCCUUGGUGAAAUUUCUUUCAACAAAUCUCUGUAUGAGGGUCUGAAUGCAGAGAACCACAGAACGAAGAUCAUGGUCAUCUUCCUGAAAGAGGAGGGGUACCUUCCUUUGCCUCUCAUCAUCGGAAGCAGUGUCGCUGGCUUUCUGGUUUUGAUAGUGAUUAUAGUCGUGCUAUUCAAGUGUGGCUUUUUUAAAAGAAAAUACCGACAACUGAACUUGGAGAGCAUAAGGAAGGCCCAGCUGAAAUCAGAGAAUCAGCUCACAGAAGGUGAGGACCAGCCUUCUCGUCCACUGGGAGAGAAUGUCAGCUAGUGCUCAACUCCUGGAGACUUGGUGUCGUACGGAUGACCUGGUCUUGUAGGAGGGUGCAGGGCAGAAUCUGAUAAAUUGUCAAUACAAUAUUGUUUUUCAAUAAUACAUCGUCUCAAGAGUGCCUGUGCAUGUGCAAAAAUGAACUUGGGAAAGAUUUGGUGUUUAUUUAACUGUUUGGUGUUAAACUGUUUUCUUUACAAAAGCGUUUUGAAUAUACACAUAUAAUAUAUUUUGAAUUCUUUUUUCCUCCCAAGAAAUUAUAUAGCAUUUCUCAA